AUGGCCAGAAAUUCACUUGCAAAGUCCUUUCCCACUGGUCAUAUGAAUAGGCGUGACUGUGUUGGGUCAAUUGAGGAGUGGUUGAUCAUGGUUGAUAGUGCUGUAUGGCGUCCGGAAGGUUUUAUGAAGCCUUGGUCACUCUACUUGCAAUGCAAUUCAAUUCCUAUUGAUUACUUCUUCUUGAACCCAAUAUCAGGCUCUACAGUGAUGCUCCCAUCUUCACCAUCGACACUUCCAUGCAAUUGCGACUAUACACCUCUCUUCCUUUUCACGAAAGUAGUCGCCUCUUCUGUACCCACAAAUCAGCAUUGUUUUGUUGCUAGCCUUUGCAAGAGAGGUCAUUUGGCUCUCUGUAGGCCAGCAGAUAGACUGUGGACUUUCAUUGAUGGAUCCUUUAUUGAUCAAGGGGAAGCCAGAAAUCUCCUUUUUCAAGAUGUUGAAAUAUUUUAUGGUAAGUUGUAUGCUGCAACUUGGGACGCAUCCAACUUUCUAAUGGUAUUUGACAUCCAAUAUGACAAUGGCAUUCCUAGAUACACAACUGAAAGGCUGGUUAUGCUUCAUCCCAAUCCGGUCCCUAACAUGUUUCUGAAUGUUACGAUAACAAACAAUGGGGUCAGAGUUGAGACUAAUCGAGAACUCAUCUCUUUAGCAAAAGAUUCUACAUCACAUGAGUUGUUCUUGAUAUUUCGCAGACAUAAUUUUGCUUUUGAGGAAGAUCCAAUAUUUCUUUGGCAUGCUAUUUUCGGUGGUACUUUCAUCAUUCCACCUCAUAUUCCAGGGUUUCGAGUGUUCAAGUUGGAAAGGCAUCUUAAGGGUCCUCGGUGGGUAGAGGUUUUCAACCUUGGUGAUCAAAUAUUAUUUGUGAGUCGGGCUGGCAAUAAAUUCAUCUCUACCAGCAAUAUCUCAGACUAUAAUGAGGCAUUUGAAAGGAACUGUAUCUAUUUUGCUUUCAAUAAUCCUUGUUUCGCAUCACCAUCAUUGGGGCUCGACGUUGGAGUUUUUUCUUUAACAAACAAGAGUAUCAGAUGCUUCACUUUCCCCAAGGAUCAUUCUCGUUCCCAAUUACACAGUCGACCUGUUUGGUUCACGCCGAAGUUUUGGUAG